UCACAGAACUGGGCGGGGCAGACAGUAUGAGAUGAGAGGGGUGUGGUCAUCUAGAGGGGCGUCUCGCCAACUUCCGAGGACAGUCUCAGUUGGAUGACGCAGAGAGCGGCCAUUGCUGUGUCUGGCUAGUGACUUUACUUAUUACUGUGCAGGGGGAGCAGGCUGUGGUGCUGCGUUAUCGUGGUACAGACAAGUGGCGAACCAGAGCAUCUUUACUAGAGUUCACGUGAGGGUGAAAUGUGUCCUGUAUAGAUCACUGAGUAUGGACAAGGACAGGAGUCACAUGACUGAGAAGAUAUUACAUCUCACUCUGGAGAUCAUUUACCUGCUGACUGGGGAGGACUAUACUGUAGUGAAGAAGACAUUUACUGAGUAUGAGGCACCCAUCAGCUAUGCCUCCUUUACAGAGCCUCCACCCCACUCACUGAUACAUGAGAGAGACAAUGACCAGAAGAUCCUGGAACUCGCCAACAAGAUCAUUCAGCUGCUGACUGGAGAGGAUGGGGAGUAUAUAGAGAGACAUAAGGGUCUGUACAAGGACGUGAUGGAGAAUCACUGGCCCCUCACAUCACUGGAUGGACCCAGUAACAGAAAUACCCCAGAGAGAUGUCCCCGUCCACUUUAUUCCCAGGAAUAUACAGAGGAGAAUCACAGGAUCCUACAGGAGGAUCAGGGUGGAGGCCUGACUUAUAUUAAGGUAGAAAAUGAAAAGGAGGAAGAAAAGAUGUAUGUGACUGAUAUUAAGGUAGAAGAUAUAGAGGGAGAAGAAGAGGAGUAUGCGAGGGGUGACCAGCAUUGUAAGGAGGAGGAAAUCCCUACAGAUAUCAGCACAGCAGACGGACACACAAGCAUGAAGUCCUCGAAGGGAUGUCUCAUUUUGCCUCCAGAUUUUAAAAUAGAAGAUAACACCACACAGAAUUCUCCAGGAGACAGCUCAGAUACUCUAAAUAUACAUCCAGUAUCUCACAGUACAGAUAUAUCAUCUGACCCCUCUAAUUUUAAGGACAGUUCCCCUGAUAACUCCAAUAUUGUUACACACCGUUCAGCUCACAGAGGUGAUAAAUACUUUCUCUGUUCUGAGUGUGGGAAAUAUUUCACAAGGAAAUCAGUUCUUGUUAUACAUGAGAGAAGUCACACAGGUGAAAGACCAUUUCCAUGUUCUGAGUGCAGGAAAUGUUUCGCAAGCAAAUCAGUUCUUGUUAUACAUCAGAGAAGUCAUACAGGUGUGAAACCAUUUACAUGUUCUGAGUGUGGGAAAUGUUUUACACGGAAAUCUGCUCUUGUUAGACAUGAGAGAAGUCAUACAGGUGAAAGACCAUUUCCAUGCUCUGUAUGUGGGAAAUGUUUUACAGUAAAAUCACAACUUGUGAUUCAUAAGAGAUAUCACACAGGGGAGAAACCAUUUCCAUGCUCAAAGUGUGAGAAAUGUUUUACACAGAAAUCAGAUCUUGUUAUACAUCUGAGAGCUCAUGCAGGUGAGAAACCAUUUGCAUGUUUUGAGUGUGGGAAAUGUUUUACACAGAAAUCAAAUCUUGUUUCACACCAAGCAAUACAUAAAAAAAAAACAUGAGCUGAUGGACAUGAAACACAAUACAGUAAAUAUGGCAAUCUCUGCAAAUUCUUUGGAUCAUAUUUUGUGUUUUGAGUACUGGCACUAGCAGAAUGAUCAAUACACAGUGCCCAGUAGCGGAUUUUGCCACGGGCAAGCAGGACUUUUGCCCGGGGCGCCGCCAUCCGGAGGGUGCCACACCAUUGCAAGAUUUGCUACUGCUGUGCUGCCCGCUGUCGCUGUCCGCUGUGAAGGGAACUAGACGCGUAGCGUCUAGUUUCCCUUCAUGGAGAGGACCUUUACUGUGCGGUGCGCGAUG